AUGUCAUCAUCAGAAAUUAAUAAAGAGUUCAAUUUAGUUGUUUUAAUCUCUGGAAACGGAACCAAUUUACAAGCUAUUAUAGAUGCAAUCGAGAAUGGUAAUCUGCCAAAUGUAAAGAUCAGUGCAGUUAUCAGUAACAAAUCGGAUGCAUUCGGUUUGAAGCGUGCAGAGAAAGCAUCGAUCGAAACAAAGGUAUUCCCACUUCAGAGUUAUCUAAAGGGUGGUGAAGGUCGUGACCGAUCGACCUACGGUACAGAGUUGGCAAAGUUGAUUCGCACAUACCAACCGAAACUUAUCGUACUAGCGGGAUUCAUGUUGAUUCUGACACCAUCAUUCUUAAAUGAAUUCGAAAACAACCAGCCACAUGUAGAUGUCAUUAAUCUUCACCCUGCUUUACCAGGUCAGUUUGCAGGUGCCCACGCUAUUCAACGUGCAUUCGAAGCCUACCAAAAUGGUCAAAUCAAACACACUGGAUUGAUGGUUCAUAAAGUAAUUGAAGAGAUUGACGCCGGUGAAGUUAUCAUGACCGCAGAAGUACCAAUCAAUGCCGAAGACACAUUGGAUAUCUUGGAAGAUCGUAUGCAUAAAACCGAACAUAUUACAUUGGUUUCAGCUAUUAAGAAACUAUCACAAUCACAUUUAUAA